UAAAUAAUGACGGAGCAUGGGCAAAUAAUUCUUCGUCGUUGGCAGAGAAGAGAGAAGAAAGAAGAAUCCAAAACGCUAUCGCCUUCGCCAAUCGCCACUUCAGAAAAGGAGGCUAUCAGUUUCAGCAAACAAGGGAACACAUAUACCAAAACAAAAAAGGUUUUCAGUAUCGCUCUCCGGUUUUUCGCUACCUGAAAGGAAUUGGGUUCGACUUCUCCAUUUCCCCCCGAAUUCUUCACAGCUGAGCUGAUCUCACUAGGGUUUUUGAGGGGUCUUUAAGACACUGCACGCAUAUGGGAGCAGUGCUUGUCUUGGACGAUAUAAGCAGCCCACAUUAAUCAGUUCUGUGGAUGUGCCACCAAAAGGAUUGACAAAGCAAGGUAAGCCGGUGAAGAAACCUAGCACAUCAGAAGAUUUCUGGACCACCAGCACGUAUGAUAUGGACAACAGUGCUGUUCAGUCACAAGGAAGCAUCUCAUCAACCAGUGUAACAAACCAAGCUGCAGAUCCUGGCAACCCUGCUGAAUUUGUGAAUCAUGGUCUUAUUCUCUGGAAUCAGACUCGACAACGUUGGAUUGGAAAUAAGAAAUCUGAGAACCAAGCACAACAAUUGCGAGAACCCAAAUUGAGUUGGAAUGCAACGUAUGAAAGUUUAUUGGGGAGUAACAAGCCGUUCCCCCAGCCUAUCCCUCUUGCGGAAAUGGUAGAUUUUCUUGUGGACAUUUGGGAACAAGAGGGCCUCUAUGACUGACCCCUACAAGGUUGAUGAAGGAUUGCUAUUUGCUUAGAUACCGGAAAUAAUUUUAGUUCUUGCUUCUCUGGUAAGAGGAAGAAGAUUGGGCAUACUGCACUUUGUAUAUCAUUUAUAACGUUAUUUGUGUCACUUGACAAUGAAGGAAAAGUUUCUCUCGGCAGGCCUAGCCUUGACAUAAUUGUAUUAUAAUUUUAUUUUAUUUUAUUGAUGGCCCUUUCUCUCUAGAAGCUAGUUUUGCCAAAUUUUAUUUUAUUUUUCUUGAGAAAUGAUGAAACUUGGGAUUUCACGUA